CCUCAACCCCUGAAGAUGUCCACCUGUGCGAAGUUAAUUUCCACCGGUUUCUUGGUCAGGAGCACCACUGAGCUGUUGAGCCCACCACGGUCUGCUGUGGUGUUAAAACCACUAGCGACACCGGCUGAUCAGAGCCUCAGCAGCUGGGCAGCUCCAUGCCCCCUGACCUCACUCAUCCCUAGACACAGCUUCCAAACCAGCGCCAUUUCAAGGGACAUCAACACCACAGCCAAGUUCAUCAGGGCUGGGGCUGCCACGGUUGGGGAUAGCUGCUCUGGGGCUGGAACUGGGGCUGAGUUUGGGAGCCUCAUCACUGGUGAUGCCAGCAACCCCUCUCUGAAGCAAUGGUUCUUCUCCUACACCAUUCUGGGCUUUGUCCUCCCAGGGGCCAUGGGGCUCUUUUGCCUGAUGGAGGCCUUUUUCAUCCUCUUCACCAUGUGCCAGAGCCAUGUCCACUUCCCACAGAACAUUGGGAAUAAAAGUCUUUAUUACUUCACAGCUCUCCGGACUGGACUGGUGUGUGAAGACUGGGGCACAGGACUGCUCAGUGUCCCUGACUUUAUUGUGCUGGAGUCAAGAGAUGGGAGAGGAGCUGGGCGAACACUCAAGAAGGAAGCCUACAAUGGCCAGGGGAAGGACCUUCAGCAUGGUCACGAACACUCGCUCCACUCUGAGAAUUAUUUACCAAGAUACGGCUAG